AUGAACGUAAAAAUAAUUAAUUUUUUUUUCACGAAAAUUGCUGCGUUUGCCCUUGUAUUAAGUGUUCGGAAUUGUUCCUACGAGGCAUCUAGCUUCUGUGAACUACAGAAUGGAAGAAACAGCCAAAACGGCACAUUAUUAGGUGUUAGAACGAGUAGACUGCUCUUUGGAGGAGUUAACGUAGGAGAAGAAACAAAAAAUAAUUCUUUAAAAGGAAGAAUUAUUAACGUAUUAGAGAAAGAUGGUAAUGAAUUUUCUAAACACUUAAAUGCUUUAAUGCAUGAUGAAAGUUUUCGAAACGAAUUAAAUUUUUUAACAGACGAUAGAAAUGCACAAAGGACCCUUAAUACAUUAAUACGCGAUGAUAGUUCUGAAAGUGUAUCUAGCCUUUCAAAUUUUGAAGAAAAUUAUAAAAGGCCAUUAAAUGAAUUAAAACGAAAUGUCUCUGAAGAUAGCAUAUUUGAUGAUUUAGGAGUAUACGAUUCUGAAGAAAGUAUCAACUAUAUGUCGAAUGACAGUCUUUACAACAGUGGACUUGAUAUAUUGAAAAAUGAAAAAUACUCUACAAUAUCGGAUGCUAUAAAUGAAGAAAAAGAAUUCGAUAAGUUAAUACGAGAGCAUAAAUACAAAAAAGUUACCGAAUUGGGAAUAUGUGGACUUUUAAAAAGAAUUGAUAAAACAGUCGAAUCAGAUAUGUUAAAUAUCAUGAAAAGUGAUUUCAUUCGUGGUUAUGGUUAUAGUAAAAAGUAUAGCGCUAAAUACAGAAGUGGAUAUAAAAAAUUGCUUAACGAUAUAAAACAAUAUAGAAUAUUUUUACCUCUUAUCAUUUUUGGUACAAUUGCUGUCGUAAUAAUGCCACAAAUGUUAUUUGGUUGUCUUUUUGGUAUUACUGCUGCUUGUUCCGCUUCAGUUUUUAAAAUGUAUAUUGUAUCAUUAUUGUUAUCUUUUUCUUUGGGCCUCUACUAUCAGAUUAAGUAUGAUAAAUGCAAGAAAAUUAUAAAACAUUAUGUAAAAUACAGGAAACGCCCUAUAUUAUAA